AUGGGAAAUGGAGCUGAUGGGAUGGACGAUGCACUUGACAAUGGACUCGAAAUUCCUGUGCCAGUUACCAAUGUUGGGGACCCUGUGCCAGUGAUCGGAUACGGCGAUGUCGCGUUUGAAAGAGGGAACGUUGAUGCUUCACUGAUUGGGCUCGUUCCUGUACCAGUAGGACCCGGUAAACCUGAUGUUGAAUUUGUCAAGGGGAACGGGGCAUUUGAAGCUGCAGGACUGCUGGUAGAUGGCAGGCCGCUCGAAGCUCCAGUGCCAAGAGGAGCACUGUUGCUCGGAAGGGGACUUGCAGGCAAUUCGGUGCUUGUCAAUGACGUACCGCCAGUUGCUGAAGGUCCAGUGGCACCAGGAAGUGUCGUGGUCGAGUUUGGGAAAGGAUAUGGCCCUGAUGAAUUACUGGGUGCCAAGGAGCUUAGAGGGAAACCAGAAGUGCCAGUACCGGGAGCUGUAGAGCCACCCGUGGGACCUGCUUCUGAGGUUGGUGCGCUACUUAUCACGGACGGCCCGGUUACUAAAGGAGCUGUGCUUGCUCCGGUCCCAGGAACAGAACUGGAUCCGUAUCCAGCGGAUGAGCUGAGAGGAGCUGAUGCGGUAACAUUGCUUAAGGGCACUGAGCUUGACGUGAGCGGUGCAGAACCGGAGGAAAUUGGUCCUGACGGCGAAGUACCUGUUCCGGUAACCGGCCCAGUACUGUUUGUGAGUGGGAAAGGAACCGAUGGCGAGCCAGGAAUAGACGUUGGUAGCACCGAGCCGAUAGGGCCUCCAGUUCCCGUAGAUUCUGGGACUAAGGGACCUGUUCCAAAGCCAGCUCCGGUAGAACUGGGAAUAAUCCCAGAUGAGUUGGAUACCGGAUACGGGGCUGUCAAAGAUGAUUCUAGGGGAGUGGUUGAUCCCGUUGCACUUGGCCCAGUUGAGCCCGUGAGAGGUGCAGAUGAGUUUGUGACAGGGAAAGGGGCCGAGGAGGAUCCUGAUGGUAAGAUGCUCCCAGACAAAGGGGGCGUAAAGCCAGUGGUAGAUGCGCUUGUGGGACUGGAGCCGGUACCCGGAAAUGUACUUCCGUUGGAAGCACUUGUACCAGACGGAGGUGUCAACGUCCCGGAUGUUGGGAACCCCGAGGUUGAGUUUGAUGCCGGGAAUGGUGGAGAACUAGAGCCUGAGGGCAAGAUGCCACUGCCGCUGGAAGGGCCAGCAGCUGUGCUAUUAGCUGAAACUGGGAAAGGGACUGAUGUCCCCGACAAGCUGGUUGAAGAGGUUGGGAGGCUUGAACCACCGGAUGCAGGGAAGGACGUUGCCCCAGACGUCGGAGUGUAUAGUCUAGUUGAAGAACCACCAGUAGGCAUCGGAACACUCGAGCCAGUGGGACCGACGCUGGGACCUGGGCUCGAAGAGUUGGUGAACGGAAAGGGUUCCGACGUAGCGAGUGAAGUAGAACUACUUGAUUCGCUGCUAGGCGGUACUGUUGCUGCCCCAGUGCUUGAGUUUGAGAAAGAUGAGCUCUCCGGGCCAAUACUGAUGCUAAUGGAGAUCAGUGGACUAGGUGAGGUCAAUGAUGUGGUACCACCUGACGUAGGGCUUGCCGUCUCUGAAGCAGAAUCGGCCGAUGUAGUAGAUACUACUGAAGUGGUAUUAAGUAAAGGUGUUGAGUCAGAAAUACUGGACGGCUGGCUGCUAUGGCCUGAAGAGGAUGCGGGAGAGAUUGUCGUGGAAUUCAAGGUAGGCGAUGCGGAAAGAUUAUCUGAUAUUGAUGCAGACGAGCCAGACGACGAUGGUGCAGAGGAGCUGUAA